CCUUUUCAUCAAUCAAGCGAGUCGUCAUGCCUUUCGUGAAGCAACAGAAGAACAAGGCCUACUUCAAGCGCUACCAGGUCAAGUACCGCAGAAGAAGAGAGGGCAAGACUGAUUACUAUGCUCGUAAGAGACUUGUUGUUCAGGCCAAGAACAAGUAUAACUCGCCCAAGUACAGAUUGGUUGUCCGUUUCACCAACAAGGACAUCAUCUGCCAGAUCGUCUAUGCCAAGCUCCAAGGUGACUUCGUCUUGUCUGCUGCCUAUGCUCACGAACUUCCCCGCUACGGUAUCAAGGGUGGUUUGACCAACUGGGCUGCUGCCUAUGCCACUGGUCUCUUGUUGGCUCGCCGUACUUUGGCCAAGCUCGGUCUUGCCGACAAGUACGAAGGUGUCACUGAACCCGAUGGCACUAUCCAGAUGACCGAAGCCAACGAGGAAGGUCCUCGUCCCUUCAAGGCUUUCCUUGAUGUCGGUCUCGCUCGCACUUCCACUGGUGCCCGUGUCUUCGGUGCCAUGAAGGGUGCUUCCGAUGGUGGUAUCUUUGUUCCCCACUCCGGCAACCGUUUCCCUGGUUUCGAUAUCGAAAGCAAGACCAACGACGAUGAAUUGCUCCGCAACUACAUCUACGGUGUUCACGUUGCCGAAUACAUGGAAUACCUCGAAGAAGAAGAUGAGGAACGUUACAAGAAGCAGUUCGCUACCUUCUUGAAGAACGGUAUCACCUCUGACAAGGUUGAGGAUAUGUACGCUGAAGCUCACGAAGCCAUCCGUGCUGAUCCCUCCGCCAAGCCCACCGAGAAGAAGGGCAAGCCCGCCAAGGCCUACCGCCGUCCCCAGCGUCUCAACAAGAAGCAGCGUGAUGCCAAGAUUGCCUCCAAGAAGGCUGCUUUCCAGAAGGCUCAGGCUGAUGAGGAGUAAAUGGAUGCCUCAUCUCUUGAUGAAUAAUAAACUCUUUACUGUAAUUUUGCGCUGCAUUUCUAUCAUUGCCCUCUUUCUAUUUUGUGGAUGUUCUUAAAUUUCAUCGAAUUUGCGGAUGUGGAUUGGUUGAUAAAAGGGAACAGUAUUUAAUCAAGCGGUUGAGCAGAGUGAAAUCGUUG